AUGCAUCAGCUUCAUCUGCACCAGCAUUCAAACUCGCCGUUGUUCCCGCCCCUGCAAUUGACCAACCAGGACCACAACACGGCGCACAACCCCAACAUCUUCAUACCGACGUUGCCGGAGAAACCAACAGCUUCGACUCAAUCUAUUGCUGCAUAUAUCGUCCCCUCGGAGCAAAACUUGUUUGUUCAAGGGUUUGACCAACAGGAAUACUCGUCUAGACCACCCACGAUUUUACGAGGCGCCCUAUUUAUCAGGAUAUUGAAGCCUACAAAGAUCAAGGCAAUCAACUUGUCGUUCAAAGGCGUGCAAAGGACAGAAUGGCCCGAAGGUAUACCGCCAAAGAAGAACCAGUUUCACGAGUCAAACGACAUCAUCACCCACACUUGGCCGUUUUUCCAGGCCGCCAAUGGCGCCGCCGCGAUUCUACCGAAUAACGGCGCCGAUCUUUUUAUUGAAAAAAACGGCACUCCGCAUCAACAGGACCUUGAGGAGCUAAGUGCAGUGCGAUCAAACUCUCCCGCGCCGUCAGGCCAUAUCCGCCAGAGAAACAGUUCCAACUCGUUAUCGGUGCAUGACAAUUUCUUCAGCAGGAACUUGUCGCCCAAUUUCAUGCGAAGAGCGAAAUCCCCCUCGAUUGGUUCGGUUGACGCUAGUACCCUCAGCGACUUGACAUCUUCGAUAUCGCCAGGCGUUAACGACCCAAAUGUCAAUAUGGCAUUUGUCCCUGGCGACUACUUGUACAAUUUCGAACAUCCACUUCCACCUUCGAUUCCGGAAUCCUGUAAAGUGACAUUUGGCUCAACGGAAUACCAUUUGGAAGUUUCAAUUCAAAGACCGGGCACGUUCAAAUCGAAUCUUUCGGGGAGAUUGCCCAUCAACAUUAUUCGCACGCCAUCGGAAUCCAAUUUGGAAGAAAACGAAUCCAUCGUCAUUACUAGAGAUUGGGAAGACCAGAUCCGCUACGAUCUUGUCAUUGGAGCAAAAUCGGUUGUGCUAAACUCAUAUUUACCAUUGGCCUUUAGAUUUGUGCCCUUGUGGGGUAAAGUGGCCUUGCAUAGAAUCCGCAUCUACUUGACGGAAAAUCUCGAGUACUAUUGUAAUAAUAAAAGUGUGCAUCGAAUGGAACCUUCCAAAAAAUACUUGUUGUUGGAGCACAAGGCGAGAAAAGGGAGGUCAUUGUUACAAAAGAACCCUCAUGAUCAAUCUGACAUUGGCUUGGAUCAAUAUGAAGAUGAUGUUCUACCCAAGGAGUUGGAAUUUCAACUAUAUGUGCCGCGAGACGUGAGUGGCAAACCGGGAGCUCAAAUCCACCCGGAUACCUCGUACGAGAACAUCCAGGCUCAUCAUUGGAUUAAAAUCUGUCUCCGGAUAAGCAAAACUGACCCCGAGAAUCCAGCAAAGAGAAAACAUUACGAGAUCUCCAUUGACUCACCAUUGCAUAUUUUGUCCCCACUUGCAGCCCACGGAAACACCAUGCUUCCCGCAUACGACGAUCUCGUGCCUCCAGUGGCACCUCCAAAUCUGACCACAACCCCACCAGACUUUUCCAACCACCCAUUGUCCCCCGAGGUCAUCCCCGUUGACCAUGUUUUAAACGGCACGGGAACCUCGUCCUCUUCUGCAUCCUCGGCCUCAGCGGUCGUGAGAUCCAUGUUUAACAAUAGUGCCAGAAGCAGAAGAUCCAGCUCGGUUGGUCUUGACUCUGCCUUGACCGGUGACGUUGGGUCGCCAGCAAGGUCAAUCGAGUUUCAGCACAUUAAUUCGACUCUUGACCUUGAAGGUGUCGAGAGAGACGCAGACAUGCACUUGGAGGCCAAUUUGUACAAGCCAGACGAUGAGGAGAUUAUUACCGCGAUAAAUUCGCCGCAGGCCAAGCCCCAUAGCGGCACAUUUUCGUCACCUUUAAACUCUCCUGUCCAGAGACCGAUACACUUGAUCAGACAGCCGUCGACGGCACCGCCACCAUUUGUCGAGGGUGAUCGGCCAUUGCAUCCGCCAACGUAUCAAGAGAGAGACGAAGGCUCAUUGAGUUUGAGUCCCUUGCGGAUCGAUGAGGUUAGCGAGCAAAGUUUCGCCAAUCCUCUCCAUGCCGGUGGAGAAGACGGCAUAGAAAGGGGAUUGAAUAUCACCACCGAGACGGGCGGAUCUGUGACACCGGUGCGUGAUUUGUUAUUUCUGCAAUUGAACGGAUCUACUCGUCGUGCAAGCGUUAAUAAUAGUCAACAACAGCAGCAACAGCACACAGACUCGACGACUCCGGCAAUCAACGGAAGAAGCGGCUCUCUGGUUGUGCCAGAAAUCUCCAUAUUUAAAGCAGACGAAGCGUCAGAGGUUAAACGAAGUAGCAUCGCGCCACCAAAAAAUGAAGUGAACGAGGAUGAAGCAGUGCAAGAUGAGGAAGAUCUUGCUGAUGAUCCCAUCUCACCCAUUUCACCUAGGUUACCUCCCGUGCACCAUGCACGUAAAUGGAGCCGAACCCGGCACGAGCUCUCACCAUCACCCACAAGAAUAUCUCUCCAAGAUAAUAUCAACGGCAAUCAUCAACAUCAGCAAACACCUGCCUCAAUUUCACCUUUACAAUCAUCCUUCCAAUCGAAACACCAAGUAAAUGGUGGCCGGUCCUCGAGAUCCUCGUCGGUUUCGUCAGUCACUUCAGACACCGCGCCCAUUGAGCAGACGAUGCCUCUCCUCAACCUUUCCAACAGUUCCAUCUUGACUUUCCAACAGCAAUCACAACAAUUGCCACAAUCCUUCUACGAAGACGAGGAAAGAAACCAUUCCAUUGCGUCAUCCAUCUACGAUCUCGCCUUGCGGAGGCCAAGCCAAGUGGGUCCGCAUGGGUUGAAACCAGCUAAGUUUUUGAACAACGACGACGAGUUCCACAAGUCGGCAAGUUUAAAGAAUUUGCGUAACCCGAGAUUGCGAACGCAUUAUCAGGACACAUUAGUUGACGAUGAUGAUGAUGGCGACAAUGAUGAAGAAGAGGAAGAAGAAGAAGAAGAAGAGGAAUACGAGGAGGAGGAAGGGAAGGAAAUCGAGGGCGAUUUGGCCACGUUGCCAGUUUCGUCCACUUCCGCCGCCAAACCGCGUUCACCUUCGCCCGGAUUAACCAGUUACGACGCCAUCACUGCGGGAGGCGCCGACACCGCGGGAGACGAUCUGAAUGAAGAACACUCGAGUGUCAAUUCCAACGAAGUGAGUCAACAUCACUACUAUUACGACAAUAGGGGACGUGGAGUUGAAGGUGGAAGAAGCAUGGACAAGACGAAUGAGAGUCGUGAACGGAGAGGUGUUGGUGGUGGUGGUGCUGUUGGUGCUGGUGGUGGCGGAGGUGCAGGUACUGGCGCUGGUGGCGGUGCUGCUACCGGCGGUGUGCCGGCCAACAUACCAGGAUUCAAAAUCGGAUACGUUAUAGACUGA